AAGAAUGUUCACUCCAGAGCAAGAGACCCAUAUAGUGAACAUGGUGAUUGCCAAUAAUGCAAUAAGACUGCGCGAAAUACAGCAGCGCAUAAUUGAUAAUGACACCAUCUUUCAAAAUAUACACAGUGUAAGCAUUUCUGCACUAAGUCGUGUACUUGCGCGCCACAGAAUAAGAAUGAAGCAAAUUUACAGAGUUCCUUUCGAGAGAAACACAGAACGUGUAAAGCAACUGCGAUAUGACUAUGUGCAGAGAGUGAUGGAACUAGAAGCAGAUGCCAUGGGACAUGAGCUACUUUUUGUAGAUGAGGCCGGUUUUAACCUCAGUAAAACCAGGAGACGUGGCAGGAACAUUAUUGGACACCGUGCCAUCAUCAAUGUCCCAGGACAACGUGGUGGUAACAUAACCAUGUGUGCAGCUAUAAGCCUAAAUGGUGUUGUUCACCAUCAUGCAACCAUAGGCCCAUACAACACUGCACAUAUUAUUGCAUUCCUGGACACCUUACAUGACAUGCUCACUGUUCAGAGACCAGAGCAUACCCGAUAUGUCAUCAUAUGGGACAAUGUAAGUUUCCAUAGGGCUGCUUUGGUCCGCAACUGGUUUACGGACCACCCAUUCUUCAUGGCACUCAACCUCCCUCCAUACUCUCCAUUCUUAAAUCCCAUCGAGGAGUUCUUCUCUGCCUGGCGUUGGAAAGUGUACGACCGUCAUCCUCAUCAACAGGUAGCCCUUUUACAGGCAAUGGAGGAGGCAUGUGGAGAUAUUGAUCAGGCAUCAUGUCAAGCCUGGAUACGGCAUUCAAGGAGAUAUUUUCCCCGGUGCCUUGGACUGGAGGAUAUCGCAUGCGAUGUGGAUGAAAUUUUGUGGCCGGACCCAGAAAGACGACAUGAUGUAGACUGA